UUUUUUAACUUUUGAUUAUCUGUUUUGAAGGUGAAGCCGAAAUCAGUACUCAGCUCCCAAGAUGGCGCCACACAAAGUGCACGUGCUUUUCUGCCUCUGCUGUGGCCUCUCGUUGGCUCAUCCUUUUUCCUGGCAAAGCCUAAAUCCUAUUGACAGUUUUAAAUCAGCGUGCCUCUAUAAAAUACAAGCACUGAUGAUGGCUGCGAGUCUUGGCCAUGCUAAAAUCCCCGAAGGACACGGACCUUAUUCCGUGGGCUGCACAGACCUGAUGGUCGGCUAUACCAAUGAGAGUACCUUCUUGCGCUUGUAUUACCCAUCUCAAGUUCAUAAUCACCCUGACACCAUUUGGAUUCCAAAUAGACAAUAUUUCGGGGGUCUCACUAAGUUUCUUGGAACAAAGGAAUUUGUGGGCACACUGCUGUGGUAUAUCUAUGGUUCCACGAAAGUUUCUGCCAAGUGGAAUGCUCCUCUGAGGACUGGCGAAAAAUAUCCCCUAAUUGUUUUUUCUCAUGGCCUUGGAGCAUUCAGGACGAUUUAUGCCGCUAUCGGCGUGGACCUGGCCUCCCACGGCUUCAUCGUGGCUGCGGUGGAACACAGGGACGGCUCUGCCUCUGCGACUUACUAUUUUGAGGACCAACCUGCUGCAGAGUUGGGGAACAAGACCUGGCUCUACUUUAAAACCAUGACCUGGGAGGAGGGGAAGACGCUACGAAAGAAACAGCAGGUGCAGCAAAGAGCACAGGAAUGCUCUCGCGCGCUCAGCCUGCUCCUCGACAUGGACCAGGGAAAGCCGGUGAAGAAUGAAUUGGGUUUAGACUUCGACGUGGGACAACUGAAGGAUUCUAUUGAUAGGAAUAAAAUCGCAGCCAUCGGACAUUCUUUUGGUGGAGCAACAAUUAUUCAAACUCUUAGUGAAGACCACAGAUUCAGAUGUGGCAUUGCGCUUGACCCGUGGAUGUUUCCGGUGAGCGAUGACCUCUAUUCCAAGAUCUCACAGCCCCUCUUCUUCAUCAACUCGGAACGAUUCCAAACUCAUAAUGACACCGAGAAAAUGAGAGCUUUCUUCCUGCCUGGCAAAGAAAGAAAGAUGAUUGCAAUCAGGGGUUCAGUGCAUCAGAAUUUUGCCGACUUCACUUUUGCCACGGGGAGAAUCCUGGGGCAGAAGCUGACACUGAAAGGCGAUUUGGACUCGGGCGUCGUGAUGGACCUCAACAACAAAGCCUCCUUAGCAUUCCUGCAAAAGUACUUAGGACUUCAAAAAGAUUUUGACCAAUGGGACCCACUGAUGGAAGGAGAUGAUGCAAAUCUUAUUCCAGGCUUUUCACCUGACGCAGACACCACCACAACCUCUACUCUAUAGAGCUCUAUGGACAAAGAGAAUUUAUAUUAAGGGGUGGGCAGGGAAGGAGGGAAGGGCGGGGAAGAGAGUUAAUUUUUUUUUAAUAUUAAAAA